UGGGGACGUAGGAAGGGGAAUCUUCUUAUUCUCUUAUCCUCCUUUCUUCUUCUUCCACCUCUAUUUUUCUUCUCUUUUUUAUUUUUAUUUUUAUUUAUUUAUUUUUUAGCUCCUCCCUGCAAACUGCGAAGUGAAGAUUUUGACCGAUCGGACAAAAUGGUGAAGGAGACGGAGUACUACGACGUUCUCGGCGUCAGCCCGGCGGCGACCGAGGCGGAGAUCAAGAAAGCUUAUUACAUGAAGGCAAGGCAGGUUCAUCCAGAUAAAAACCCAAAUGAUCCACUUGCAGCACAAAAUUUUCAGGUUUUGGGAGAAGCUUACCAAGUGUUAAGCGACCCAAGCCAACGCCAAGCGUAUGAUGCUUAUGGAAAAUCAGGAAUUUCAACCGACGCAAUUAUUGAUCCUGCAGCGAUCUUUGCCAUGCUUUUUGGUAGUGAGCUCUUUGAGGAAUAUAUUGGACAGUUAGCCAUGGCAUCAAUGGCUUCCUUAGAUAUAUUCACAGAAGGGGAACAGUUUGAUGCGAAAAAGUUGCAAGAAAAAAUGCGGGUUGUUCAGAAGGAAAGAGAAGAAAAGCUCGCAGAAACACUAAAAAAUCGACUCAACCAAUAUGUGCAAGGCAACAAAGAGGAAUUUGUUAGUCAUGCUGAAGCUGAAGUUGCGAGGCUUUCCAAUGCAGCUUAUGGUGUUGAUAUGUUGAAUACAAUUGGCUACAUAUAUGCCAGACAAUCAGCAAAGGAGCUAGGCAAGAAAGCAAUGUAUUUGGGUGUGCCAUUUGUUGCAGAGUGGUUUAGAAAUAAGGGGCAUUUCAUUAAAUCUCAAGUAACAGCAGCAACAGGUGCAAUUGCUUUGAUCCAGCUGCAGGAAGACAUGAAAAAGCAGCUAAGUGCUGAAGGAAAUUACACAGAGGAAGAGCUCGAAGAAUACAUGCAAUCUCACAAGAAAGUGAUGAUUGAUUCCCUGUGGAAGCUUAAUGUGGCUGAUAUUGAGGCCACUCUUUCUCGUGUUUGUCAGAUGGUUCUUCAAGACAACAAUGCCAAGAAAGAGGAACUCCGUGCACGAGCAAAGGGGUUGAAAACUCUUGGCAAAAUCUUCCAGAGAACUAAAUCAACCGGUGGGAAUGAGGGUGAAACUCCACAAAAUAGUAGAGUUCAUAAACUGAAUGGAAGUGAAUUACGCUAUGAUCCCUCUUCUCCUAUAACAACACCAAAGUCCUUAAAGCCUGAAGAGCCAUCAUAUACUGCAUUCGAGCCGCAGAGCCCCUAUGUGGAAGCCCCCCAAAUUGCAGGAGCGCAGUUGGACUAUCACUUCCCAAGGCCAACUGCACCACCUGGUGCCCAGAGAAAUUCUUCCAUUGGCAGGGAUUAAGGAUGGAGAUUGGGUUUGCUCCUUCCCUUCCGUCUUGUAGUAAAAAAUUGUGACAUCUUUUGUAUCAAUAUUGUGACUGGUUUUGCGGGGAAGGUUAGCUGGAUGUGUAUGCUUGAAGCGGGUAAGGAUUGUGCUUGAAAGGACAACUCACCUCCAGCUGCGUAGGCCUCGCUCAUUCUUAUGGGGAAGACAGAUUUAUAUACGUAGGGAGGAAGAUAGAUUGUUGUGGAAGAUAAGAUUCCGUUGUCACCAGUUGGUUGGUAUAGUUUGUCUAGUUAUUUAUUCGUGUAUUUUUUGGGAGUGACGGAUUUAGUUUCGAAGGUUUGAAUUUUAGGCUCAGCCCUAUGUUUUUGUCGAUGUGAAGAUUCAUGUUGAUUUGCCUAGAUAACAAGCAAAUAUCAAGACUGUAAUGUACAUUCGUUCAUGGGGCCAUAUUAUGUGCUGAUGGAGUUUUUCUCUAUCCUUCUGUUGGUCA